CUGUCGUCCUGGGUUAGUAAAAUGGGUUCCCGCAGACAUAAUAACCAAACUCUCCGAUAAAACCCAGCCGUCCUCUCUCCAUUAGCUCGCUAGGGUUUUUCUCCGUUGCUCGCUCUCCUGGCAUCAGCAAUUCGUGAAUUCCGUGUGACCAUCGAUUCGUACAUUGAUGGAGGCUGUGCGGUUCUCUGGGUCUGGAGUGGCGGGGAGGACAAGCCUGCCGUUAUUCGAGGGGCUUCGCUUCUCGCCGGUGCCGUUUAGGAUUCCUUCCUUGGUGGGAGCGUGCGGGGUGGGGCUCGGCCAGAGGAGCUUCCGUGGCCUCACCGUGAAGGCCGCCACUGUCGUCGCCCCAAAGUAUACAUCCAUCAAGCCCUUGGGAGACAGAUUACUCGUUAAGAUUAAAUCUUCUGAGGAGAAAACUAGUGGGGGGAUAUUGCUUCCAACAACAGCCCAGUCAAAACCUCAAGGAGGUGAGGUUGUUGCUGUUGGAGAAGGUAGAACCAUUGGAAAGAACAAAGUAGAUAUCAGUGUUCAGGCUGGCAACCAGGUUGUAUACUCCAAGUAUGCUGGAACAGAGUUAGAAUUUAAUGGGACUAACCAUCUUCUGUUGAAGGAAGAUGACAUUGUGGGUGUUCUUGAUACUGAUGAUGUUAAAGAUCUCAAGCCACUCAAUGAUCGGGUUCUGAUUAAGGUUGCAGAAGCUGAAGAUAAGACUGCUGGGGGCAUCCUGCUGACUGAGGCUGCCAAGGAAAAACCUUCAAUUGGGACGGUGGUUGCGGUGGGCCCCGGGCCAUUGGAUGAAGAGGGCAAAAGAAAAGCACUAGAGAUCGCCCCUGGUGGUACUGUGAUGUAUUCAAAGUAUGCAGGAAGUGAAUUUAAGAGUGCUGAUGGCUCUGAUUACAUUGUCUUGAGAGCCUCCGAUGUGAUGGCGGUUCUCUCUGUUUAGAAAGGGAUCGACUAGCCUAUGUGACUUAUCUUUGGCGGAAUAGAUAGUCGCAGGACUUAUCAGGCGUUUGCAACUUAAAUUUUUCUGUUGUUCUACACCAUUUCUGCUAUCUGUAUCCAUUCAGAGCUGUGAAAUUUUGUUAGAUUCUUACAAUCAAAAAAAUUUUUGUUAAAUUCUUAGUU